AUGAAUAUCAGAGGAUUCCACGAAUUCCUCGUCGGACGUCUCGAAUAUCUCUCGCAAGAGAUGCGAUGGAGUCUGAGGACCACUCUUGACCAGAACGGCUGGCCACUCCACCUACGAGCGAUGGAAAGCGCGAGCUUCCAGCUAGAACCUGGUGCAUCGUGGGCUCCUGAAGAUCAAGACGCGCUUAUAGUGUUGUCAAAACACGAAGUGAAGACCGAGGACAUUGCUCAACUCUUCUUCGAGGGUCGCACCGUCGAGGAGUGCCAGCUUAUGAUCGACAUACUUCAAAUAGGCUUACCAGUUGAGUCGGUCGAGGGCCAGACCGAAGGGCAUUCGGACUUUAACGCUGAGCCUGCAUCGUCGAAAGCCAUAUCAUCCGUUCCAUCUGGCACACGGUCAGCUCCGACGCCUUUCACGAAACGGCUAAUCGAGGUCACAUCAAGCGCGUCACGAGCGGGCUCUACUCCGCCUUGCACAGAUAGUCGCAAGGAUUGGGACCAAGCAGACCGCGAUAUAGUCUGGAACGCGAUGCACGAAGGCCUCACACCUACGCAGAUCCAGGCCCAGCGUCUCCCUUUCCGAUCAGCGUCAGCGAUACGAACACGCAUGUCGAAGGAGCGGAAGCUUCGAUCGAGUGCGGAACUCAAACAUAUCGAGAAUGAGGAAGACGAAGAGAUGACGGAGCAACGCAUGCAGAUAGACCUCGACGACGACGGCUCAGAAUACGCAGAAGACACAGAGCCAGCCGCUCAGAUCCCUCGCAACCUCCCAACUGCGAGGAAGACCGUCCCAUCCAACAGCACGCCGAAGGCGUCCCCAAAGAAGCCACAGCCACAACCAUCCCUGACUCCGAUCCGCACCAAACUCAUGAAUUCUCUCGGUCUCUCCUCAGAGGAUAAGAAGGAGUUGAGGAAGGCGCUUAACAAGACAAGUUGGCCUACACGGUUCAUGUCUGUGGAGGAGUACAACUCUCCAUUACCGCGGAAUGGAGCUAGGUGGACGGAACAAGACACUCAGGCGCUAGGAUGUAUACGGGAAACGACCCCUUCGCUGCCUUACAAGCUCAUCGCCAACUUCUUUCCCGGAAGGUCCGAGACGGCCAUCAGACAUCAGUACAAUACGAGAGUCCACCCGGGUCCGAAAUAA